AUGGCGUCAAACAAAUACACUUUUGUUCUGCUCGCCGUUAUCAUCCUCUUGCUGGUUUUCUUGGUUCUGAGACGCGAAAUAACUCCAGAAUACCAAAGAGAAGGUUUCUUUUCCAUUUUUUCAAGUUUUCCGAAACUUUCAGAAAUCAACUCGCUCAUCGCCAAGCAGCUCGCAAAUCAGAAAAAAGGCGUUUCCGUUCAGCCGACGAUCGGUUCCGACGGACAGGUCACCUGGCAGAGAGGUCCUGAAAAUGUUGAUGAAAUGGAAAAAACCGUAAAUGAUAAUCAGAAAGUGCAAACAAGCCUCGCAAUCCAGAAAUAAAAAUCGACGUCCUCCAAGAAUACUUCUCCAAACAGGCAAUUUUCCUGUCUACCUGAGCAUUCUAACAUUAAAGCAAACAGAAAGACGAACGAGUCCAAUUGUUAAAGACGAUCAACGACCAGUACGCUAGGGGCAAUCAGUACUACGCUGUUUUGUACAACGCCAUAGUUCCUGAGGUUUUCAUUAAUUCGUAAAGCGGUUAUACAAAACGAUUGAAUAUAAAUGGUUAUCAUACUAAAAUACUAAAAAGAGAUAUUUUCGAGGCAAAAAUUCAAUUGAGUCGUUCGAUUAAAUCAAAUUACCAUUUGAAAAACUACUUUCACAGACUUUUUAUUUUUAUUUUUUUGAUAACGUUCGACUUUUUUUCCAUAAAUAAUCGUUUCCCAGUCGAAAAAAGGCGUUCAUUGGGAGUGUUGCUAAUUGAGCUAUUCCGAUUAGUUUAGGUUGGUUACCCAAUCAAGAAACAAAUUCGGUUGAAAGAAACUAAAGGUCAAGUUUGAAAAUAACUAUUUUAAAAACUUUUUUUAAAAAAAAGGUUGGAAAAUUAAAUUACUGAGAAAGUUUUUCAAAAAAAGUGAUAAAGUUUAGUUAACGAAUACUUCCAGAUGUAUUGCCCAGAUAUGGUUCGAAUAGGAAACGUGAACGAUGGAGGAAAGUGGAUCUGUAAUCCUUGGGCUUUGCCACGAGGAAAUUGCAGGUGAAUGUGUUUUCAUAUAAGUCGAUUACCAUGCUGGGUUGAAGAACAACUUUUAGACUCAUAAUUCAAAAACCUACUUUAGUGUCUAUUCCCUGGGACUCAACAACGAGGUCUCCUUCGAGAAGGAGGUCCAGCAGUUCACGAAGAAUGGAUGUCGCCUUUUUGGAUACGACGUGGUAUGAUAAGCAGCUUCCCAUCAGCUGCGGGCGUACCGUCGACAUUUCGAGAUUCAAUGCUUUUUCCAGAACUACCAGUACAAUGAAACGAAAACAGCAUAUGCUGCGAUGAACGGGAAUGUGGGCCAAGUCGAAAUUUCCAAUCAGACGAACUUCAACACCUCGGCGAAAUCGAUAGGUUAUUAUCUGUGAAUAAUUAGCGAGGCGAUAAUAUUUCUGUAGAGACGUUGUUCGAAGAAAACGGGGACAGUUACGCAGAAAUCUUCAAGAUCGAUAUCGAAGGAGCCGAAAACUUAGCGCUAGAGCCGUUCCUAGCCAAGUACCGGGUUUGUCAGGUUUGCUCUUUGAGAAGUAUCAAAAAUCACAAGCUCUUGAUUUUUCGUAGAUUCUUAUCGAGCUGCACGGGCAGCCAGGCGAGAUGUUGCAAAUUUUGGUGGCAGUUGCAAAGUAUCUUUUUGGAUUUAGUCUCAAACGCCUUGAUUUGAGGAGAGGCUAUCUUCUGUACUUUUUCGAAGUCAACGGCAAUUCUCUGAGUGCCAGCGAGUUCUCCUUCAUCCAUCCAGACUGCGCAGCCCGAUACGAAGCAGUUCUGCUUGCCCCUUACUUAGCGGAAAUAUACUAA